AUGAAAGUUUUAUUAGCUUUUACCAUGAAUAAUAAGAUUUAAAAUAAAGGGAUUUAGGAAUAGUUUUAAAUUAUGAAAGUUUAUGCUUAAGAUCUCUAUAAGUUUUCUUAAUCUUUAGCCUUGGAUCUAACAAUCAGAGAUUUAUCUUAAAUUAGCUAUAAAUAAAAAGGGUAAUUGUUAUUAUAAAGUAAUUAUAAAGCAAUCUAAGAAGUAGACAAUUAGUUAGAUUAAUAUUUAAGUGACUCAUAUUCUGAUAAGAAAUAUAAAAAAUUGAUAAGAAGUUGUAUUCUUUUAACUACCAAAAGAAAUACUUAUUAAUUUACUCAUAAAUCUAUAUAAGAAUUUUUGGUUGCAUAAUAUGUUUAUAAUUUUUUGGUUUCUCUUGAAAAUUUAAAUUAAUUAUAAAAUUAAGAAAUCUAAAAUUUGGAUCACUUAAAAACCUCUUUGUUUAAUUCUCUAACUUUUAAUUUAUCAUGUGAAGCAUUCAGAGGAGCAAAUUAUUUCAUUAAAGAUAAACUACUUAAUACAGAAAUCAAUUAAAAAAUGAUAAAUAUUGUAAUGUUAUCUAGUAAUACGUAAUUUUGUCGAGCAGCCUCGAAUAGUAUAUAUUUACUUAGCUAAAUGAAUGUAUAUUUAGGAUCUUAAAACUUUAGUUCUAUAUAAUUAGCUGAUACAAAUAUUUCUGGUUUAAGCUUCUUUGAAUCUGAUUAUAGUAAUUCUAUCUAUUAGAAUGUUAUAAUAAAUUCGUGCAAUUUUAAUUAAGCCAAUUUGUCUGAUAUUAUGUGGAAUGAUGUGAUAUGCAAAGAAAAGCCUUAUUAAGAAGGUUAAAAAUCUUGUUUUAAGUCUGUUGCAAUUUCUCCUGAUGGUAAUUAUAUAGCAUCAGGAGGGGAAAAUGGAAUUGUUAAAUUAUGGAAUCUUAAAACUUAUUUUUAUCUAAGAUUUAAUGCCUAAACAUGA